GUGGAGCGGCAAGUACAAAAUGAUAAGGAGCAUCAUUAAGCAAGAAUCGUUUUUCUCUUCGAUGCAAGAGCAUUUUUCGGAGCUAAAGUUAACCGAAGAUGAUUGGACAUUCAUGAAGGAAUACGAAACUGCAUUUCUUCCUCUACAUAAAAUGACUAAACUGCUACAUACGCAGCAUCAAGUAUUUAGUGAAUUCUACAUGCAAUGGAUACUGGCACUAAAGAAUGUACGUGAGCUCAAAGACAAUCGAUUUUCAAAACAUUUGGCAGAUACACUCGAAAAAAGACUUGAAAUGCUUAGAGGAACAAUGUUAUUCAAGGCAGCGCUUUCUCUCGACCCCAGGUUUAACUAUUUAGAUUCCACAUUCUUCAGUUCGGAUGAGAAAAUCGAAAGCCAGAACUAUAUAUUAAACGUAUGGAGGAGAAUGCAAAUCAUCGGUGGUUUUGCCAAACAGAACGAUUCGUUGGAGCAGGCAAAUAUUUCAGUAGAGGAUCAAGACAUAACCGAUUACCUAACGGAGCUCUUUGGAGGAAAACUGGAUCCCAAAACGGAGGCUACGAUCGAAAUAGAUAUUCAAAUACAACUAAAACUCCUUGAAGUUGAGCCUCGACAACGACACGAUUUUGAUAUUUGGACUCAUUGGAUUUCUAGAAAAACGUCACAUCCUCAACUCGCACAGGUGGCAUUGGUAAUUCUGGCAACACCAAGCAGGCAAGUAUCUGUUGAAAGAUCAUUCAGUGCAUUAGCACUGGUUUUGUCUGAUCACCGGACAGCUAUAUCGGAUGAUACGUUAGAAGACAUUUUAAUUUUAAAGCUGAAUGACGACAUUUUUGAAACAGUGUUUCCAUCUAUGUAUGAUUGGAAAAAUUUGAACCGAUGAAUUAGUGGCGAUUGAAAUUUAUAUUGAUGUUAUGGAAAUAUUGUUGUAACACUUAUGAAUUAGA